AGAAGAUGGCUAAUCCUUUGCAGAUUUUAGUCAGUGUCUUAAUGUAUUUUUGCACAUGGCUAAAGAAAUCCGUAGAGGACAUUUGGAGGCGUUUGUGCUUCAAAAGUAGCUGGCCUCAGUUCAGACAAGCAGAUGCUGAUAUUACAAAGCACAAGUCUGAAAACCAACAGUUGGAUGUCUGGAGAACACAUCAAGACUACAGGACCUACGGAAACCAGAACAGCGGACCAAUGGUGAUGGUGAAAACCAGCACACAUACAUUCUUUGUGGAUUUGGAGAAGCUAGCAGACUGCAGUGAGUACUUCAGGGCUUUGUCCCACUCCUGUAUGAGAGAGACAUCUGAACGGCUGGUGAAUCUAGAACACGUUCCAUCUUUGGUCUUCCACAACCUUCUGGAAUUCUGCUUCCUACAGCGGUUCUGCGUUCCUGAGAACCUUUUAGUGGAACACCUACGCGUAAGCAGCUACCUGCUGGCUUCCAGCUUCACGGAUCGUCUACUGAUCACCCUUUCUCAGGUCUUGACGGAGAACACCUGUCUGGGUUAUCUACAGCAAGCUGAGGAACUGUGCAGUGUGGAACUUCGAGACACCGUACUUGCCUACAUGAGCAAGCAUCUACUGGAGCUUCCACACCUGAGAAAAAGCUUGGAUCCACACCUUCAAACUAAGGUUCUCAGAUUCAGGUCAAGUGGAACUCCACAGUUGUGCUGCCUAAGGAAGGAGAACUUGAACUCGAGGAACGACCCGGAAACAGAUGCUGCCCGAAAGCUUUUUAGACUGGAUGGAGAAGGGGAUUGUGGGAAAUGGAGUUCUCUCAACGAUCUGCCUUUUUGUGCAGAUAAGUGGUGCUUUACUACAGCGGUGCUAUAUAACUAUCUUUAUCUUAUUGGAGGGUACAGACAACGUGUGAAGAAAGGUUAUGAAUUCAAGAUGGCGUCCUUCCGCUACAAUCCUUUUACCAAUCAGUGGGUGUCGACAGCGCCUAUGAUUAAGCACAGGCGUCACUUCAGUGCAGCGGUAUGUGAAGGGAGAAUCUACGCUGUGGGUGGCUGGUAUCUGGAUUCACUUGUGACGCCUGACUCCAGUACAGGUGUGUACACCGCUGUGGAGGUGUACGAUCCCUGGACGGACACCUGGGAAUUCGUUUCUUCCCUCCCUCUGACGGAUUUCCAGUUCACCCUAUCUCUAUCCCAUGACUCCCCACUCACCACCAGUCUGGGGCACUGCCUUUAUGUACUGGGGAACAUCAAGAGAACUGGAGAGAAACUGGUGCUGCGCUAUGAUACAAGAGAAGAUUGCUGGUGUGAACUGCUCCCUACACUCACCCGAUCGAGCGCUGACCUCACCGUCCUGCAUUUUUUGGGAGCCGCCAAUAGUCAGUUGAUCGUAAUCGGGGGUAACAAUACUGAAACCCUGGUAACAUCUUUCUGUGUGGAGUCUAAGAAAUGGGGUCACAUCAGAACAAUGAAGAAGAGCACUUUAAUCGGGCAGGGCGUCGUUCUCCAUAAUGACCUCUACAUGUCUGGAACAAAGAACAACUCGAUGGUUAAAGUGAACCUGGAAUCCCUUUCUCUCUCUCCUCUUCCUUCACUUCCUGUCUCCACCUGCUACGAGAGCCUCUUUCAUCUCUGCUUCUGAACAGCUGUUUCAUUUUAUUUACUGAUGUUUAGAGAACAAUAAUGUAAAAAAUACAAAACUGUAUUUCCAUUUAGAUUUGUGACCCUGGACCAGGGUCAUAAGGGUCAAGCAAGUCAUAAGUAGGGCUGGGUAUUGGCAAGGGCCUCACGAUAUGAUACUAUUUAUCAAAGCGGAUUUUUUAAAUUACUUUUUUAAGCCAAAGUCCUUCCACACGUCGGCUUUGAAAGCUGCAGGUUUUUUUUAAUUUUCUGCCAUUUUCUCACUCCCACUAACUUCUGAGACAUUGGCCGAAUGACCGUAUAUGACAGCGACAACUACAGCGGCGGAGGAGGUCAUGUGACGCACACAUAUGGAUUUGAUGGGUUUUUUAUAACGUUACUAAAGACAUAUCGAUACAUUGUCAUGGAAAAAUGUAUCACGAUAGUUGGCUGUAUCGCUAUUUUUGCACAGCUGUAUGUAGGGAUGGGACGAUAACCCCUAUAAAAUGUCCUGGCGGUUAGUAUUAUCGUUUAAAAUUUAAUUAUCAUUACAACCGUGUUUGAUUACGGUGAUUUGAAAACUCGCGGUAAAUCCUGUCCAGCCAGAAUUAGUUUGACGCAGGCGCGCACAUGCAACGUAGUUUUUUGCACAAGAAGGCAUUUAAGGGAUAAUGGAAUGUAUUCAUUCAUUCACAGUAAACUUAUUAGACAGAUUUAUUUAUUUUUUACCACAGAAAUAAUUUUAGGGACAUUAAAUUGUGAUUUUCAAAAAUAAAACUUUUUCAAUUGUUUUCAGUGUGUGUAUCAGUUCUCUUAAACAUUUCCAUCUCAUUUUAACAAAACCAUGAAAAUAUUGAUAACCAUGGUCACUAUAAUCAUGAUAUGAAAUUUUCAUACCGUCCCAUCCCUAGCUGUAUGGUUUAUUAGAAUAGGACAAUAAUUGUGCCGAGAUACAACUAUUUGAAAAUCAGGAAUCUAAAAUAAAAAAUAUCAAAAUAUAGAGAAAAUCGCCUUCGUCCAAAUUAAGUCCAACUGCAUCCACUCACAAAAAUAAAGUUUUGAUAUAUUUACAGUUGGAAAUUUACAAAAUAUCUUCAUGGAACAUGAUCUUUACUUAAUAUCAUAAUAGUUUUUGGCAUAAAAGAAAAAUCGAUCAUUUUGACUCAUUUUGGUUUUGUGGUCCAGGGUCACAUUCAUGCAAUAGGCA